GGCGAGGGUGGCAGGCUUUAAAAAUGCGUUGGUUCGUGUAGAGCGCCUGUCGGGAAUUGUCUAGUUGCGAGACGGACGGAAAGGAAUCGUUUAACCUCACGGUCUAUCUACCUUAAAGCCCGUUCUUUUCGCUCGAAUCAAAGUAAAGCCAACCUCACGGCAUAGUCGAGCGAGAGAACCGCUUGAUCAUGUCAAAGUCGACUCAGUGUAUCUCUUGUAACCAACUGAUCCCUGAGAACGCAACCUCCUGUAAAUGCGGUCACGUUAAUGAGGCCAUGCGCACUAUUGGAGGGAAGCGCUUCUCUGGGUACCGCGAGGAGUUAUACACGCGUCUGGUGAUCCAGGAGAGUAGGGACGAGUACGAGAAACAGCAGCGACAGUCGAGAGAGAACCUCAAACGAGUACACGAAGACACCCUAACAGUUCAAAGUCUGAAAGAAACACCAGCUAUUGAGCCGCCAAAGAAAAUCAUAAGCCAGAAACUAAACCAAGAAACCAAUGGCGACCAAUUACGGGAGAUAACGAAGGUGUUAAACACACCACGUGACGCCAAGAAGGUAGUCAAAACUACCGCUGGUGAGACAAAGCGGGAUACUGCAAGCGCAGAGAAUACGAGAGCUGUUCGGAGCACGAGAAACGUGGUAAUAAACUUUAGCGAAAGUGAUGAUGACAAUGACUUGGACGAUGAUGAUGAUGACAUUGAUGACGAUGAGUAUCAUCCCGGAUAUAGUGCUGGGCUUAAGAAGCGACUCAAAGCUGCGCACAAACAGCGUGGUUACACAAAAGCGUUUGCCAAACGCGGCACAAAACCCAUGAAGGAAGUGAACUCUAACAAGUACAACGUGUACGGACAUGGGAGAUCGUCCAAACCCAGGGCUCACGGGAGGGAGAGCGACUUCAUGAAGGGUAAACACGCGAAUGCGCUGGGCAUCGAGAAUAGCGAUAGUGAAGCGCUGAUGACUCUGCCUAAGAAUGUGCCGAUGACGGGGCCUCUGGCGGAGAUUAACAAGCGUAUGGUGAACCAAAGCAUCUUCUGGAUGUGCCUGACAAAUGGACUCAAAAAGCCGGACAUAUGAGAGCGUCAUCUUGCGGUAAUCUCCCACUUUAUGGGGAGUUAUAUUGCGGGCUUAAGAGCAUGGAGCAGUACGCAACAUUGUCAUCAUGAAGGGGCUUUGGUUCCCUUCGGGUACAUAGCAAUGAUUCGACAGGGGACGUGUACAAUCAUAGAUAUCAGAUAAAAAUGUCUAGGACUUGGCAGUCGGGGGAAGGGGGGGGGGGGGCUGCACACGUCCCCUGCGCCCAACAUUGCUACAUACCUGACCUGGAAGUACAGGGGAACCCGGACAGCAAUUACUACUAGCUUAUUAGUAGCUGCUAAAUUGUAAUUAGGGUGUAGUCAUGGGGCUUGUCGAUAGCACGGGCCGGACAAGAAUCGAUCAACGGAAGUAAUUCGUAUGUUCUCUAUAAAUACACAACAGUGUUAAACACAACGUUUCUUAGCAAGCUUAAGGGCUUCUAUAUGAGUCGUUCCCUAACGCGUAGAAGUAACGUGAUGGUAACUUAAGUUAUUAAAACAGUGGUUAUUAUGUCUUCUUGUAAUAUAGUAUUUUGACUCGGGUCUUACAGUAUUUGUAAACAUAUUUUGGUUUGUCAAUAAAAUAAACCGCUAUGAUUUUUAAA